AAGCAAAUUAUGCAAAAAUUAAUUUAAUUGCAUAGAAGUCGUAGCAACUUUGAAUUCAUAUUAUUUCGCUACAAAAACGCAAAAUGAGUAAUCUUUUAUCGAAAAGCUAUCGUUAUCGAUGCUUGAAUUGGUAACACUUACAAAACAGCUGUUGCUUUUUGUUUAUAAACGUUUUCUUGCGGCAUUUUGGUGGGUGAUAAAAAAACACUGCUAUGGAUGCCAAAAAGAUAUCCUUUGGCUUUAGCAAAGUGGCUAAGAAGCCCAGCAUUUUGCCACCCAAAGUAGCAAAAGAAGAAAACAAAGUCGAGCUCAUCAAAUGCCUCGAAGGCAAAGAAAUCAAACUUGUCGCUGAAAAGCACGAGGAGGCGCCACUAAUCAUUCAAAUGGCCACCAAUCAAAAAACGUCUACAGCGCUAGCCAGUCUGAUGAAAAGACGUGCAGUGCUGCUGGGCGAAGAUGAUGGAGAACCCGAGGAGACGACCGCAGAGCCACAAUCAAUAGCCGAAGUCACCGCAAGUAACGACAUUAGCAAUUUGGAGCAACGUGCUGCUCGUGAACUUCUGGCGGCCGCACAGAGUAAUGGCAGUGAAAUAGUGGAGGGUGAAAAGCUUGUAUUACCUGCAUUGAAAGCAGAUGAAUUACCACUUGACGGUGCCAAGGAAUCGACUAUAGAUGAUUAUGAUUCUAUACCCAUACAGCAAUUUGGCUUGGCCAUGUUGCGCGGUAUGGGCUGGAAGGAUCCUCCUCCUAAAAAGAAAGGUGCUGCGCCGGUAGACGAUGCUCCAUUUAUGCGACCCAAAGGCAUGGGAUUGGGUGCGGAUAAAGCACUCAAGUCGAAGGCACUUCUGGUUCAGCCUGAGAGAAAUGAGGUGCUGGAAAUUAAGAAGCAAGCUUACGUACGUAUCUUGGGUGGAAAGCUGAAGGAUCAGUAUGCGCAAAUUGAAGGCUUCGACGAUCAUGCUGGUCGGGUGAUUGUCAAAAUGGCAAUCGGAGGCGCCAAGGAGGCGUUCAAUGAGUUUCUCUGCCAGCCCGUGUCGCGCAAAGAGUAUUCACAGUAUGGCAAAUGCAUAAAUUCGGCAAAGUAUGAAGAGUUUAAGAAGCAAGAAAAUGAGCACGGUCAAAUUAUUGUAAAACGCGAGAAGUCCACGGAAAGGAAAGACAGUCAAAGAGCAGAACACAGGGACAGACAUCGUGAGCAGGACCGUAAACCGUACAAAACAAAGGAGGAAGAACGAUCGCAUAGAUCAAGGGAUGAAGACCACAAAUCUUAUAGAUCAAGGGAUGAAGAUCGCAAGCCGCACAAAAGCGAACAUCGCAGCAUUAAGACCGAGGAUCGUCGAGCUGACAACAGAGAUUACAAAGAUGAAUGCAACAGUUACAGACAAGACGAACGCAAAGCCUACAAGACCGAAGAUCGACGAAGAGACGACAUAAGUGGCAGCAGCAGCAGUCGUUACCGUCAAGAUUCACGUAGCAACAGUUGCACUUCCAAAACGAGUAGCCGGCGACGACAGCAAAGCACCUCAGAUGAUGCAGACGAUACUGGUGAGUCAACGGAAAGCGAUUCUGAUUCAGCAUACGAGCGCAAGGACAAGAAAAAGUCGAAAAGUGGUAAAUCUAAAAAGAAAUCGAAGAAGUCAAAAAGUAAAUCCCACCGCCAUCGUCAUUCAAGUGACUCCCAAGAAAACAGCGAUUCUAGCCUAGAUGAGCGUUCACGACGUCGUCAUUCCAGCAAGCAUAAAAAGAAGACCAAGAAGAGCAAGCAUGCGCGCUCUCGCACUCGCUCCAGAUCUCGCGAAGGGCGUGGCAGAUAG